CUUUCGGUACCACGUGAUCUAGAAAACAGUGAUGACCUCCUUUGGCAGCUAGCGGCAGCUAACCGGGAGAAUUACUGCUCACAUUUCUGAAUAUAGUUGACUUGACUUCACACUAUGGAUCAGACAAAACAAGAGGAGGACUAUGGAUACGACUUAUUCCCGGAGAGGACGAAGUCAAAGUACGCGAAGGGAUCAAUCGCAGAGAGUCUGUUCACUUUCAACAACAAGUGUCAGGUCAUGUUGCACUUUGCGAUGGAAACCAGUCCUUAUGCCAAACUUCUCCUGAGUGCCAUGAAGAGUUCAGGAUGCCAGGUGUUCAAAGACCGACACUUCUCCUGUGAAGACUGCGACGGGACGGUCAGCGGGGGCUUCGACGCAGCGUCCUCUCAAAUUGUUUUGUGUCAGAACAACAUCCACCAGCAGUCCCACAUGACCCGGGUGGUCACGCACGAGCUCAUUCACGCCUUUGACCAUUGUCGGGCCAAUGUGGACUGGUUCAACAACUACAGACACCUGGCUUGUUCUGAGAUUCGGGCAGCUAACCUCAGCGGAGAUUGCACGUUCAACAAUGAACUUGCCAGAUUUAACUUUGGCAUGAAGCAGCAUCAUCAGGAGUGCGUCCGAGGCCGAGCCCUCCGCUCCAUCCUCGCCGUGAGGAACAUCAGCAGAAAGGAGGCGGAGAAAAUCGUGGACGACGUCUUCGACACCUGUUUCAACGAUCACGCGCCGUUUGGACGCAUCCCUCACACCAAGAAGGACGCCGGCUUCGCCUACAGAGAUUACCAGAACAGAGAUCGAUAUUAUGCCAACCUCUAGUGUCCUCUCCUUCAGAUGAAACUCCCAAGGGUGCCGUGACCUGGGCUGGGCAGCGUCGGGGCCUCGGUCAGCAGAAACGCUUGAGGAUAAAAAAGAUCAAAUCCCAGCGAGCGCUUUGUCCUUGGAGACAGAAAAGAUGAGCUCGAGUACAUUUCAGUUUCUACCCUUUGGACUCUUAAAGUGAAGCACUUAAUGAGGCCCUGUGAUUUAUUUUGACUGUUAUUUUAAAGUGAUCUAAAGGUGCUUUUAAGGGAAACACCAGGAUUUCCUUUGAUCGUCGUCUCUUCAUGUUGUUGCCACAAUGACCUCCGCUGAUUUCUUGUAAAUAGAGAUGAUUGUGCUUAAAUUAAACUGACGUAUCUUCUCUUUGAA